CCAACCUGUCCUGCAUUUCGACGCCUCGAUACCUGGACCGCUUUCCCCAAACCCUCCUCUGGUCAUUAUCAUCACAUUGCGCUUUCGAAGAGCCUAAUAUCCAUUGCCUCGCGCAUCCGCAUGUGCCUCUAAAAACAAUCGCCCAACAUGGCUGAUACAACUGAAGAGACUGUCACAAAGACAGAUUACAAUGGCGUAAUCCCGGCGAAGCGCCCGCGUACAGAACUCACACAGGCCGAGUCAGAUCUGCAGAUUCGCAGACGCAAAGAAGCUGAGAGAGAUUAUGGCAGGGGACGCAAGAUCGCGGUGAAGUCGAUUAGAGACAAGAAGCUACGGGGGAACAUGAAGGCACUCGAGAGCAAAUACAGGGAGGCAGCGCUGAGGGCGAAAGAUGCAGAGAUUCUGCACGAGAGCACUGGUGGAUUUCUGGAGCCCGAAACAGAACUGGAGAGGACGUAUAAGAUUAGCCAGGACGAGAUCAAAAAGAAUGUCUCAGUUACGACGGCAAAGAUGGGCUUUGAAUUGAAGUUGGACGGCGGACCUUAUGUGGCUGAAUACACCAGGAAUGGACGGGAUCUUCUGCUAGCUGGAAGGAAGGGACAUAUUGCUACCAUGGAUUGGAGGGCUGGCAAGUUAGGGUGUGAAUUACAACUCGGAGAGACAGUGCGGGAUGCACGAUGGCUGCAUAACAAUCAGAUGUUUGCGGUGGCGCAAAAGAAAUACGUCUAUAUAUACGAUCGAGCCGGUGUAGAGAUUCAUUGUCUGAAGAAGCAUAUUGAGGUCACAAAUAUGGAGUUUCUUCCCUACCAUUAUCUUCUAGCAACAGUGGGAAAUGCGGGCUAUCUGAAAUACCAGGAUGUCUCCACUGGCCAAAUGGUCAUUGAAAUACCUACAAGACUUGGGUCGCCCACCGCCCUGACUCAAAAUCCUUACAACGCUAUCCUUCACAUGGGCCACCAAAACGGCACAGUCACAUUAUGGUCACCUAACGUGACAACGCCCCUGGUCAAACUCCUUGCCCAUCGAGGUCCCGUACGAUCAAUAGCAGUUGACCGAGAAGGAAGAUAUAUGGUCUCGACUGGCCAGGACCUCAAAAUGUCAGUCUGGGAUAUCCGUAUGUUCAAAGAAGUCAACAGCUAUUUUACAAGACAACCAGCAUCGUCCGUAACUAUAUCCGACCGAGGGUUGACAGCUGUCGGCUGGGGAACCCAAGUGUCGAUUUGGCGAGGACUAUUCACCAAGCAUGCAUUGGAGCAAGAGAAGAUUCAAAGUCCGUAUAUGGCAUGGGGUGGUGAGGGAAACAGAAUCGAGCGCGCACGGUGGUGUCCAUUUGAGGAUGUGUUGGGUGUCUCAACCGAUAAAGGCUUCUCUUCGGUACUGGUCCCUGGAGCUGGAGAGCCCAACUUCGACGCUCUGGAAGUGAACCCCUACGAGAACACGAAGCAGAGGCAGGAGGCUGAAGUCAAAUCACUGCUCAACAAGCUUCAACCCGAGAUGAUUUCACUCAACCCUGACUACAUUGGCAACUUGGACUUGAUGUCCGCAGAGCAAAGAAAGGCCGAAAAGGAUCUCGACAAGAAGCCGGUUGAUCCAAUAGCCGACAUCAAGAACAGGGGCCGAGGUAAAAACAGCAGUUUGCGGAAGUACCUGAGAAAGAAGGGAUCGAAGAACAUAAUUGAUGAGCGGAGGAUGAGGAUCGAGGAGCUGAGAAAAGCUCAGAGCGAGAGGCAACAGAAGAGGCUAAAGGCUAGCGAGCAGGAGCUUGGUCCUGCGCUGGCUAGAUUUGCCAGUAAGAGGGGUGCUUGAACAGAAUUGAUACCCUACGCUUUCAUUCAAACUUCUCAAUUGUUCCUCAUCAUCUACCUACAGGUGACGACGUACUUGUAGGUCUUUUAGCCUCGUGAAUCGAGCUUUCUUACCACAGGAAGAGAGCAGAAUAUGUCUCAAAACUCUGCUGCACCAAGCCACCAAAAAAAAAAGAGGUUCCAUUCAGGAAAAGAAACUCCUUAUGCGCAGGUACACUGGAAUGUAAGAAUAAUGAAUGCUACGCUAAAAGCUUCGGUGGUAGCUGUAGAGUCAGUCUCCUUAUAAUCAAUUAUUGAAAUGGUUCCAGUC